AUGACCAGUUCAUGCUUUUCCAAAGAGAAGUUUGCAGAGACUUACAAAGGCAAUAUGAUGCCUCUAAAUGCUAGUAAAAUGUCUGUUAGGACACCAUUUGCCAAACCAUUGCCACCACCUUCAAGGAGGAUGCCUGAAAGACCUAAAACCAAAAGAAGGAAACAUGUUAUAGAGAAGGAUGGAGAGUACAAGAAGUUAAGCUGGGAAAAGCAAAGUCAUCUCAAUCUGUUAAAUGGAGGGACGUAUGAAGGAUGCCUAGAGGAUGAGGUGUAUCAUGUACUGAACGAACAACAAUUGGAUGUUGAAGUUUUGGAUGAAGAAGUUCCAGAGGUUGAACAGGUUUCACCUAUACCUGAACAACUUUCACCUAUGCCUCAAGUUGCUAUUGUACCAGAAACAAAGGAUGAAGGCAUUGCUGAUACACCACUAUCCCAAAGGUUGUUGAGAACAAGGAGGCCUUUAAAAAGAAUUACUUUAAUUCAGACUGGAAAGAAAGUUGUUGGAAAGAUGGUUGUUGGUCCAGGUUGUAGUAGGUUGGACCCUGUUUCUUUGGAGUAG